GGCCGAGAGGGGGCAGCAGGCGAUGGCGGCGGCGGCGGCGGCGGCGGCUCGGCUAGGCUGGUUGCUCGCCGCGCUCUGCCUGGGCAACGCCGCCGGGGAGGCGGCUUCCGGCCCGCGAGUGCUGGGUGUCUGUCUGGAGGAGGACGGAGCGGCGGGCGCGGGGUGGGCGCGCGGAGGGGAGAUGCGGGCCGCUCCGGAGGCCACCUUCCGCCUGCGCCUCUUCGGCUCGGGCUUCGCCAACAGCUCCUGGUCCUGGGUGGCCCCUGAGGGGGCGGGUUGCCCCGAGGGCGGGCCGGCCGCGGCGUCCGACGAGGCGGCGGCCCCCACGGGCGAGUGGCGCGCGCUGCUGCGCCUGCGCGCUGAGGCUGUGCGCCCGCACUCGGCGCUGCUGGCGGUGCGCGGGGAGCCGAGCGGCGAGGCGGCAGAAGAGGCGGCGGCCCCCACGGGCGAGUGGCGCGUGUUGCUGCGCCUGCGCGCCGAGGCCGUGCGACCGCACUCGGCGCUGUUGGCCGUGCGUGUGGAGCCGGGCGGCGGGGCAGCCGAGGAGGCGGCGCCGCCCUGGGCUCUGGGCCUGGGGGCGGCGGGGCUGCUGGCGCUGGCGGCGCUGGCGCGGGGCCUGCAGCUGAGCGCGCUGGCGCUGGCGCCGGCCGAGGUGCAGGUGCUGCGCGAGAGCGGCUCGGAGGCGGAGCGUGCGGCGGCACGGCGCCUGGAGCCCGCGCGGCGCUGGGCCGGUUGCGCCCUGGGCGCGCUGCUGCUGCUGGCCAGCCUGGCACAGGCGGCGCUGGCGGUGCUGCUGUACCGCGCGGCCGGCCAGCGCGCCGUGCCUGCAGUGCUCGGCAGCGCGGGGCUCGUGUUCCUGGUGGGCGAGGUGGUGCCGGCCGCCGUGAGCGGGCGCUGGACGUUGGCGCUGGCGCCGCGCGCGCUGAUCCUCAGCCGCCUGGCAGUGCUGCUCACCUUGCCCGUGGCGCUGCCCGUGGGCCAGCUGCUGGAGCUGGCGGCGCGGCCAGGGCGGCUGCGCGAGCGCGUGCUGGAACUGGCGCGCAGCGGCAACGACCCCUACAGCGAUCUCAGCAAGCGCGUGCUGCCCUGCCGGACCGUGGAGGACGUGCUCACGCCCCUCGAGGACUGCUUCAUGCUGGACGCCAGCACCGUGCUGGACUUCGGCGUCCUGGCCAGCAUCAUGCAGAGCGGCCACACGCGCAUCCCCGUGUACGAGGACGAGCGUUCCAACAUCGUGGACAUGCUCUACCUCAAGGACUUGGCCUUCGUGGACCCCGAAGACUGCACGCCGCUCAGCACAAUCACCCGCUUCUACAGCCACCCACUCCACUUCGUCUUCAACGACACCAAGCUGGACGCCGUCCUGGAGGAGUUCAAACGAGGGAAGUCCCACCUGGCCAUCGUGCAGAAGGUGAACAACGAGGGUGAAGGUGACCCCUUCUACGAGGUGCUGGGCCUGGUCACCCUGGAGGACGUCAUCGAGGAGAUCAUCAAGUCCGAGAUCCUGGACGAGUCUGAAGACUACCGAGACACCGUGGUGAAGAAGAAGCCUGCGUCUCUGAGCGCCCCUCUCAGGCAGAAAGAGGAAUUCUCCCUGUUCAAGGUGUCUGACGAUGACUAUAAAGUGAAAAUCUCGCCUCAGCUGCUCUUGGCCACCCAGCGCUUCCUUUCCCGAGAGGUGGAUGUAUUCAGCCCGCUGCGAAUCUCCGAGAAGGUCUUGCUGCACCUGCUGAAGCAUCCCAGCGUCAACCAGGAAGUGAGGUUUGACGAGAGCGACCGCCUGGCCGCCCACCACUACCUUUACCAGCGCAGCCAGCCAGUGGACUACUUCAUCCUCAUCCUGCAGGGCAGGGUUGAGGUGGAGAUCGGGAAAGAGGGCUUGAAGUUCGAGAAUGGGGCCUUCACCUACUACGGAGUGUCCGCCCUGACGGCGCCAUCCUCGGUUCACCAGUCCCCGGUGUCCUCGCUCCAGUCCAUCCGCCACGACCCGCUGCCUGAGCCCGCCGAAGGCACCCGCUUGUCUGCCUACUGUCCUGACUACACCGUGAGGGCCCUCUCUGACCUGCAGCUCAUCAAGGUCACACGGCUGCAGUACCUCAAUGCACUCCUGGCCACCCGAGCCCAGGCCUUGCCGCAGUCCCCUGAGAACGCGGACCUGCAGGCCAUCCCAGGCAGCCAGACCCGGCUCCUUGGUGACAAGACAGCUGCAGCCACAGGUGGAGUUGCCUUGUUGCCCCCGAGGCCUGCAAAGCCUAAGAAGACUGGCCCUUUACAGAAACACCUUCCGGAACCCUGGUCCACUGCUUCAUUCGGAAAAUCCCCUCCACAUCGAUCAGUCCCAGAGCGGGAUUCCCAGGGAGAGUCCGAGCUUGACACCGAGCCUCCUGGGCCCCUCUCGCCCCCGCGGCCUUGACUCUGCGGUGCUGCCCAAGCUGCCCGAGUGGAGCGGCUCUGCCGGAGCAGCUCCAUAGCUGGUCUUCUCUCUCUCUCUCCCUCUCCCCCUCCCUCUCCCUCUCUCCCUCCCUCCCUCCCUCUCCCUCUCUCCCUCCCUCCCUCUCCCUCUCUCCCUCCCUCCCCUCUCCCUCUCCCCCUCCCUCCCCCCUCCCCCCUCCCCCUUCCUCUCCCUUUCCCUCUCCUCUCUCUAGCUUUCCCAGUAGGCCUUUCCCUCUUUGGCACAUUUGGAAACUGCAGUUGAUAAUUGACUGUGGACUAGUGAGCAUUUUUUGUUUUAAGACAACACGCAAGGUAAAUAUCUUGCCUUUUACUUUACCUUCUCUUUGCUUUCCUUUGCCAGCCUGUUAGCUGCUGGGGGGCACUGCAGACCUCUCCCCCCAGAUGGGGGGCACUUCUCCAUGGGGGUGAGUGGGUGCUUCCUGUCCCUUGUUGCUACUUCUCAUCUCAUUUUUCUGGAGGGCAGGAGGGACCAUGAAAUGCCUGCUCAGCCUUGGAAACAAAAGCUCCCUCCCAGUGCCUGCUGUGUUGUCUGGGCAGCUGCCUCCUGCCUGGCCUUAUGGCCUCGGCCUCCCACGGGCAGAAGCCCUGCCUCUCAGUGAUGGCAUCCGUCCCGGCAGUGGUCUUCUCUCAUGAGGCUGAGCAUUUUCCUAACUAAACGCUCCCAGCUCUGCCUUGAUGUCUCCCGAGGAGGCCUGAGGCUCCUCGGCCCCCCCGCCCCCCCGCCCCUUCCCGUCCUAAAGAGGACUUAACACUUGGUGUCACAGGACCCGCUGCCUGUACUGGCUCGAUGCUCAUCCUCCUCCCCUCUCCCCUCUAGGGUCCAGCCACAGCAGACCCGGCCUCCCGGCGGAGGAGAGCCCUGGGCGGAACCCGGGAGUUUAACCGCUUGGCAGGCAGCCCCGAG